AUGUUGAAGCUUCUUAGAGAGCAACCUUAUUGCAAGGCUGAAGGAGAGUACAUGAGCCUUCCAAAACCAGGACCCAAAAGUGAUGGUUUCAAAAGAACAAUACGUGGGUUUGGUUUCAGCCAAGCCACUAAGCGAUACAAGGUGAUUCAAGAAAUUUAUGAAGAUAGGAAGCUUUUGGCGACGCACCAACAUCAUCAUACAUCUCAUUCUCAACUUGAGGUAUACACACUUGGUACAGAGAAUUGGAGAAAUAUUGGAGAUCUCCCAUCUCCAUUUGCUAAACCAGAUUAUCAAAAAAAUUCUUGUGCAUUCCUGAAUGGUGAUCUGCACUGGUUGGUUCAGCCUUAUAACAACUCCACAUUUAUAUGUCAUUUUGACAUUGAGAAUGAGAAACUUAAACCAUUCCCGGGACCCCCAGUUCAAGACUUUUCACAAGUCGAGAAAAUGAAUUUGGGAGUAUCAGGAGGUUUCCUCUACUUAAGUGAGAACCUUCUGACUUCUUGUUCUGUUGAAAUUUGGGUUAUGAAGGAUUAUGGCAUCAAGAAAUCUUGGACUAAAGAGUUUGUUAUCCCUGAUACAGAAUGUCUUUAUGCCUACAAUGCUAAAGGAUAUAAUGAGCACCAACUUGGGGUUCGUGGUAUUUCAACGUCCUACAGUAUAUCCUUUCGUACCCAGCCUUGUUUCGCUCAAGGAAGCUGUGAUUGGGGAAAGUUCACAGAGUGGUCCAUAUUUGUUUUCUAUCAGAGAUUAGAUGAAGCUGCCAAGAUCAGUAGCAAGAGCAAGGUAGAAGCUAGCAACAGAAAGGGUCAUAGCAGUGUUCACAGAGCAGUUGAAUCUAUAUCAGAGCAUAAACGACAAAGAAGCAUAAGUGAAGCACAAUGA